UAGUGGGAGUGAGGCCUGGCGUCACAGAUCCUGACAGGGAAGAAGUAGGCAGGUCCUGGCAGGGGAGAACUGUGGCGGCGGUAUCUCGGGUAUAGCCAGCUCCAGCCGGAUGGAGUCUCGAGUCGCGGACGCCGGGGCCGGCCAGGCUGAGCGCUCAGCGGGCGAGGGCCGGACAAGCAGCGGCGCCGCUCAGGGACCCGCAGUCUCGGCGCCCUUGGGUGCUGCCCGGUGGAAGCUCCUGCGGCAGGCUCUGAAACAAAAACACCUGGAUGAUUGUCUACGACAUGUAUCUGUAAGAAGAUUUGAAUCAUUUAAUCUGUUCUCAGUAACAGAAGCCCAAAAAAGGGAAACUGAAGAGGAAGUUGGUGCCUGGGUCCAAUAUACAAGCAUCUUCCAUCCUGAAUACAGUAUUUUCUUAAGGCAUAAUAGUGGAUCUUUGAAUGUUGAAGAUGUUCUUACCAGCUUUGACAAUACAGGAAAUAUUUGCAUCUGGCCGGCGGAAGAGGUUUUGGCUUACUACUGCCUCAAGCACAGUGAUGUAUUCAGGGACCUUGCUGUGUGUGAGCUAGGGGGUGGCAUGACAUGCUUGGCUGGGCUCAUGGUUGCUAUUUCUGCAGAUGUCAAAGAAGUUCUGUUAACUGAUGGGAAUGAAAAGGCCAUCAGAAAUGUGAGAGACAUCAUCACAAGGAAUCAGAUGGCUGGUGUGUUUAAGACUGGGAACAUAUCAAGCUGCCUGUUUCUGGACCAGUACAGAGCCAGCCUUGUUGAUGCAAUAAAGAGAUUACUCCAGCCCAGGGGGAAAGCAAUGGUAUUCGCCCCACGCCGAGGGAAUACUUUAAACCAGUUUUGCAAUCUAGCUGAAAAAGCUGGUUUCUCUAUCCAAAGACAUGAAAAUUAUGAUGAACACAUUUCAAACUUCCACUCCAAGUUGAAAAAGGAAAACCAGGAUAUAUAUGAAGAAAACCUUCAUUACCCACUUCUGCUUAUUUUAACCAAAGAUGAAUAGACGAUUAAGCCGCUCGAAAGACAAAGAAAACAUCCAGUGUACAGGCAAUAUUUUCACAAAAACAGAAAUCUGUAACGGGUAUAAUAUGCAGUAAGCCGUUGGCUCCCUGAGACUUUCAAGCCCUCAGGACAUGGGCCCCAACUGCCUUUGCAACAUUCCAUGUGUGGGUUCCGGGGUCCACCUGUCCUCACCCACGUGACUCCCCAGCCGUCCUGGACUCCUCUUUUUUCCAUCUGCUUGUUGCUCUUCCUGCACCAAACUUUUGUCUUUAAAUAUGUAUAAGCGGCCUAUGUGAGAUUUGAAUUGGACUUGAGAGCCACCCAAAUAUUUUUCCCUCUCAUUGAGACAGAAUUUCUUUUGGUGAUUCCCACCCCACCCCACCCCCCCCUUUAGAAAAUAUCUUGGUCUUUGUUCUAUUUUAGUGGUGGUCAUUCUUCAUCUGCCAACCCAGCAAACAUGAUGAUUCUUUCCUGGUUAAAAAAAGAAAGAAAGCAAGCAAAUCUUUCAGAUCACCCUCACAUUAAUUGUAUUAAAUCCACCAUCUCUGUUUUGCUGUCUCUCUCUCUCUCACCCAUUCUCUUUUUUUCUUUUAAACAGGAUGUUUUUUUUCCCUAUAGAUGUAUAAGCAGUGACUACAUCAGCCCAAAGCCUCAUAAACUGACCGUUUGUCCUCUGGACACAAUAGCAUGGCCGGCCCUCUGCUCCUCCUCUCCAAUUAUGUGUGAUUAGUCUCAAUGCGUUGUGUCAAGGAGGCGGAGUGUGCUGAGUGCUUAUUAUCUGUUUAGGUACAAGAAGAGCACAUUUAGGCUCUGACUAUGGAUGAAAAGUGAGCCUUUAUCAGGGCUCAAAUCUACUGCUGUUCUCCAGGCCUCUUUCAAAAGAGGUCCCUUCCAGGGAAAUUUUGAAUAAAUGGUUGAUAAAACGAGAUGGCAACCAGGGCGAGUUUUUAAAAACUCGAUCACACAAUUAUCUGAUUGAAAGUAAGUAUAUAUAGUCCUACGCAGCAAUGCAAGUGUAUGGUAAACAUUUAAUAUGUGCUACCUAGGAUUAAGAGAGAAUGACUUUUCUGCAGGGAACCCAAGCCUCUCCUUGCCUGGUUCAUCCCCGAGAUGCUCUAAUGCCUUUUGUGGAAAUUCAGAUGUUUAUCUGUAAGGAAUCAUCUGUGUCCACUUUCACAGUAAUGUCAUUAGUAGGUUAGCUAUAUAUCCUCCUAUCUUUAGUAGAGGCAAAGCGUGUAUUUAGCGUGAUACAAUUAAAGUGAUAGGUGGGAGACUGGGGGCGAAUCCUUUCGCAUGUUAAGCAAACUUAGCUGUCAUAAAAACAGCGACUCUCAGAUGUCUUCUCUGCUCACUUCUAUCAUCAAACAAAUUUUUCACCAUCAGUUUGCAUGUUCUUGUAUUCACCACUUUUUCUGCUCCAUUAGAGCACCUAGAUGGAUCUCUGAAGGCAUAGGUCAAGCCGCAGUUAGAUCAUACAUUUCUUUCUCACAAAAACUUGAAUUGCAAUGCCAAGUGAUGGGCUAACAUCACAAUAACAGCAAUUUAUUCCUCUUUGGAUAAAACAGCAGUCUAUUCUCAGUGCUAGAUAAAGACCAGGGCAAUGCAAACCAGCCGUUUAGCUGAGUAGUUCAGCUAGUGGCAGCUCUCCUUUGGCGACUGUAUAGGUUGCACACUGGCUUCAUAUUUUCUUGUUUAAAAAAUCAGAAUUCGGAACGUUUUAAAAGGCAACACAGGUAGUUCCAUUUAUACUGGUGAAAAUACAGAGAAAUGAUUUCUUCCUGCAACUAAAUCUGCCAGACAAAGAAAACCCAUCCCUGCAGUAGCAUCUAAGAUCGCCUGUUCUUAUUUUUUCUUGUAAAAUAUAGAACAUCAGAACCGUGAGAGUAGUUCCAUUUUUUCCUCAUGAAAAUACAUGAAUUGGCAAGAAUUCAAUUUACAUUUGUGUUUUGUGGGUGUAGAAAUCCAGUGUUUAUUUUGCUGGAAGAAAUUGUAUUUUUAAAAGUAAAUUAGUAGUGUGUUUUUUCUUAAUAUCUGAGAAUAGUGUGUACAGUUACCUAAGCUGGAGACAGGGUAUAAGAAUUGAGCUGUGCUACCAAAAGACAUUGAGUAAAGAAAUAUGUUCAUUGUGACUAAAACCUAGAGAAUCUUUUGUAAAAUGUUAAGGGUUUCAUAGAUUUGCUCUUUAUGGGACCCUUACCUGGAGAUGUCACUAGUCUGGGCUCUUUGGAAGUUUGUAAGAAACUAAUGUUGUAUAUUAUUGAAUAGUUUAAAAGUGUUUUUAUUUUCUCAAAUUUUGGCGAAGUGCCAAUAUUGAGAGGGGAAAAAAUUAUAGCUGCUUUAGAAAGUUUAUCCACUUACAUUUCUUUUGAACUUGAUGGUUAAGAAUUAUUUCUCUGCAUCGGUAUUGGGUUGCAUAAUUGCAAUUGAAAUGCCCCAUUUCAUAAUUGUCUGUGUAAUUGUGCCUGUGUUUGUUUCAAAACAAAGCCUGUCUGAAAUCAUAAGAAUUAUUACUAUAUUCCUGUUUCCUGUGUACCUGUAUCUUCUGAGAAAACUCACAAAUCUCUUUUGUCAUACUAAAUAGAUUUGGUUGGAUGUGAGAAUGUUUCUAAUAUCGCCCAUGGUCAGUUCUAAUGCGGUGAUAUGAACAGCCACAUACAAGUUGGUUAUAAGAAAUAGAUUUUAUUUUAUAGCAAGACAUAUGCUGUGAAUUGGGAUAAAAGUG